GUUCUCUCUUUCUAUUUUUGUUUUUGUUCUUUGUUUUGCUGAAGGAUUCUAAAGCAUUAGUGUCAAAGGAGAAAGAAGUAAAGAAGGUAGAGAAAGAACUAAGUGCUUUGCAGGAAGCAAGUCAAAAAGAUGCAGGUGCUUUAGCUGCAGCACAACAGCAUUUUAAUGCUGUGUCUGCUGGUUUGUCCAGCAAUGAUGAUGGGGAAGAAGCUACUCUUGCUGGGCAGAUGAUGACCUGCAAAAAUGAAAUCAGCAAAGCAGUAACAGAGGCUAAACAGGCUCAAAUGAAGUUGAAUUACGCACAACAAGAAUUAAAGACAAAACAAGCUGAAGUUAAAAAGAUGGAUGGAGGCUACAAGAAAGACCAAGAAGCACUUGAAGCUGUCAGAAAAACAAAAAUAAAACUAGAGAACCAAAUGAAGAAGCUGAACUAUGAAGAAGAGAAAGAAGAAGCCCUUUUAGCGAAAAAGAAGGCAUUGACUCGUGACAUCAGCCGACUGAGAGAAUUGUUUGAAGGCUUAAUGGCAAAGUUUCCCCAUCUACAGUUUGAAUACAAACAUCCAGAAAAAAAUUGGAAUCCAAACCAUGUGAAAGGCCCUGUUGUGUCUCUCAUCACUGUGAAAGAUCUGUCCAAAGCAAAAGCCCUAGAAGCGGUGGCUGGAGGGAAACUCUAUAACAUUAUUGUGGACACGGAGGUUACUGGCAAAAAGCUUUUGGAAAAGGGUGAACUAAAGCGUCGAUACACCAUCAUUCCACUAAACAAAAUUUCAGCCAGGUGUGUUGGACAAGACACGAUCAAGUUGGCCCAAACCUUGGCUGGUCGUGAUAACUUGCAUUUAGCCCUUUUUCUAGUUGGAUAUGAAUCUGAACUGCAGAAAGCAAUGGAAUAUGUCUUUGGAACGACACUGGUCUGUAAUAAUAUGGAUAAUGCUAAGAAAGUGACCUUUGACAAAAGGAUAAUGACGAGAAGUGUUACACUUGAUGGAGAUAUGUUUGACCCUCAGGGCACUCUGCAUGGAGGUGCGUGCUCACAGGCUGCACCAAUAUUGUCUAAACUUCAAGAAAUGAAAAACGUUGAAGUAGAACUCAAGACAAAGGAGUCUGAACUUGAGACUGUAGAGAAUGAGCUGGCAAGCUUGAAGAUUGUUGCUGAAAAGUACCGGCAACUGAAGCAGCAGUGGGAGAUGAAGUCUGAGGAAGCAGAGCUGUUGCAAACAAAGCUACAACAAAGUGCUUAUCACAAACAAGAGGAAGAGCUGCUUGCCCUGAAGAAAACCAUUGCGGACUGUGAAGAGACGUUAAAGAAAACUGAAGAGAGCCAAAAGAAAGCAGAAGAUAAAUACAAGGUGUUAGAGAAUAAAAUGAAAAAUGCAGAAGCAGAAUGUGAAAAAGAACUAAAAAAUGCCCAGGAGAAACUAGAUAGUGCCAAGAAAAAGUCAGACGCUUCAAGCAAGAAAAUGAAAGAAAAACAGCAGGAAGUUGAAGCUUUAGUUCUGGAACAUGAAGAGCUAAAACGAGAACAGGUCUCCUAUAAACAACAGCUAGCGGCUGCAGAUAAAGCAAUCAAAUUCUACCAGGAGCAAGUUAAUGCUAUGGCAGCUGAGGUGUCUAAGACAAAGGAAUCUGUAGAGAAAUCACAGAAGGAGCUGGCCAAGCAAAAGGAAGUAAUUGUAUUACAGGAUAAAGCAAUUAAAGCCAAAUCUGCAGAGAUAGUAAAAUACAGAGAACAAAAUAAUGAAUUACAGCUUAAGGUUAAAGCAUUAGAACACAACAUCAGCAAACAUCAACAAGAGACUGCUGAUGCUGCUGCCAAGGUGAACAAAAUGCUGAAAGAGUAUGGGUGGAUAGCUUCAGAGAAACCACUUUUUGGUCAGCCAAACACAGCCUAUGACUUCAAAACUAACAAUCCUAAAGAAGCAGGUCAGAAGCUGCAGAAAUUGCAGGAGAAAAAAGAGAAGUUGGGGAGGAACGUGAACAUGAGAGCUAUGAAUAUGCUUUCUGAGACAGAGGAGAGGUACAAUGACUUAAUGAAGAAAAAAAGAAUUGUAGAGAAUGACAAGUCAAAAAUUCUUGCAACUAUUGAAGAGCUUGACCAGAAGAAAACUGAAGCUUUAAAUAUUGCUUGGAAAAAGGUGAAUGAAGACUUUGGUUCAAUUUUCUCAACGCUUCUACCAGGAGCCAAAGCUAUGCUAGCAGCCUGUAAAACCCAGAAUGUCUUGGAUGGUCUGGAGUUCAGAGUCGCCUUGGGAAACACCUGGAAGGAAAACUUAACAGAACUUAGUGGAGGACAAAGAUCAUUGGUGGCCUUGUCCUUGAUCUUAGCCAUGCUUCUCUUCAAACCUGCCCCAAUUUACAUCUUGGAUGAAGUGGAUGCAGCCCUUGAUCUCUCUCAUACCCAGAAUAUUGGGCAGAUGCUUCAUACUCAUUUCAGACGCUCCCAGUUUAUUGUGGUGUCCUUGAAGGAUGGGAUGUUUAACAACGCAAAUGUCCUCUACAAGACCAAGUUUGUGGAUGGUGUAUCCACUAUUGCAAGAUACGAUCAGUUUCAAAGCAGAAAGAAUCCACCUGCCCCAGAGAAAGGCGACAAAGUACAUAAGAGUGACAAAAGAGGACCUGCAGAACCAGGAAACUUCUUCACUGGCCCUUGA